AUGGUGUUUGGCUUUGUUAAAUGGCUAGAAGAUGGGGACUCGAAUACUAAAUUCUUUCAUAAUUAUGUCAAGCUAUCAAGGAAAUUUCAACGUAUCUCCUCAAUUAAAAACUCUGAUGGUGUUUGGCUUUCGUUGCAGGAAGACAUAGGUGAGGAGGCGGUCAAGCAUUUUUCCAGUCUCUUUCAAGGUGAAGUUAUGCAACAAGACUGUAGCCAAAUUAUUGAGUAUCUUCCUUCAUUAAUUACGACGGAACAUAAUUUGGCUUUGGGAGCUAUUUCUACUGAUUCUGAAAUUAAAAACGCGGUCUGGCAACUUGAUCCUUCUAGUGCUCCUGGUCCAGAUGGUUUUGACGGGAGAUUCUAUAGAGACUGUUGGUCUAUUAUUCAGUGGGACGUUUGUAGCACUGUUAAGGAAUUUUUUCUGGGCCUUCCAAUACCUCAGUCUUUCAGUUGCGCUCAGAUUAUUCUCAUUCCUAAAGUUGAGAAUCCAUCAGUUUUCGACCAAUUUCGUCCUAUUUGUCUUACUAACUUUAAAGUGUGUACUAGAAUUUUGGCAAACAGGAUUGCUCCACUUUUGGAUUUCUUAAUAUCUCCGAAACAGGCUAGUUUCAUGAAAGGUAGGUCAAUUCACUCCCAGAUCCUUUUGGCUAAUGAGAUGAUUCAUGAAAUUGGCAGGAAAGCUAGAGAAAACAAUAUUGCCAUUAAGCUUGAUAUAGCUAAAGCCUUUGAUCGUGUCUCAUGGUCUUUCUUAGAGGCAGUCCUGUUUCGCUUUGGCUUCUCUCAACCUAUUGUUUGA